AUGGAUACCUUAGAUUCUGAGAAGAUGGCAAAGAGAAUCAUUCAUAAUCGAAGUAUAACCAAACUGGAUGCGGAUGAUUUGGAGAAGGAUUCCAGUAAAUGCCAAGAUCACGGGGAAAAGAGAUGCGAUGGUGAUUCUUUGCAAAUCUCUGCAUUUCCUAGAGCCUCCAAUCUGGACAAGCCAUUCAUGAUGCCCUUGUUACCGAUUCCAAAUGUGGAUAGGUAUUAUUUGAAUGCAUCACUCGUCUUGACAGGAACAGCUUGUAAAGGGGGAAUUGGGCCGCCCGUAGGAGCUGUAGAUAUCGGUGUUAGCAAAUCUGCAUAUUAUUUUCGCAUUGCUCUACCUGGAGUCAAGAAAGAUCCUGGUCAAUUUAGCUGUGAGGUUGAACGGGAUGGAAAAGUUAGCAUCAAAGGUGUGACAUCAACUGGUGUGAAAACUGUAUCAAAAUAUUCUCGAGUUUUUGAAAUGAAAUUUCAGCAACAAUGUCCACCUGGAAACUUCAUGCUUUGCUUCAGUCUACCGGGCCCUGUUGAUCCUAGGUUGUUUUCACCAUAUUUCAGAUCUGAUGGCAUCUUUGAAGGCAUUGUUGCAAAAUAUGAGUAG